UUUCUUUGUGGAGGACUACGGUGGCUGUGGAGCCGCUAUAGAUAUCUUCCAGUAUUUUUACAUAUGGCUCAUCUACACCCUGAUUCCGUAAUGCCUCCAUGACUGCUGAGGUUUCGACUGAAUCAAACGCUUUCUCGUAAUCAAUGAAAGCUAUAUAUAAGGGUUGGUUAUUGUCGUAGCGCAAGCUUCGUGUGUGACGUCUUGUGAUAUCUAACUAUGCCCUGAUAUAGUGACGCCACAUGACCCUGUGACGUCAUAGGGUUUUCUGUAUAAGAACAAGCCGUUCUUGGCAAUAAAGACAGUUGCCUUUCUGCUCCUGGACCGUUGUCGCUCUUCUGCGUUAGUUCAUCUGGCGACGAGGAUGGGAUCACCGUGACCUGGCCUACUGGACGCCAUCAACGAAGAUGCGGCGGCUCAACGAGGCCACGCUACUACUGGAGGCGUCGCUACCAUAGGCUAGCAAGAGAUCCGGAAUCCAAACAAGUAACACAUUUACUUCUCCUACCAAGCCAUGUCUCGGCUCGGCAGACUAGACGAGUACGACCCUAAGGUUCAGAACUUCGAAUCUUAUGUCGAACGAUUUGAGCAUUACGUCAGGGCAAACGAGAUAGCGGAAGCGAAGAAACUGUCUGUUUUCUUGACAGUAAUUGGUGCAGAAGCAUAUGAAAUUCUCAAAAACUUGGUCGUUCCAUUGCUACCAGGAGAUAAGACCUUCGCGGAAGUAAAAGAGCUCUUGCAAAGCCACUACAACCCGAAGACGUCUGUAAUUGCAGAAAGGUGCAAAUUCAACCGCCGAGUGCAACUUGACCACGAAAGUGUCGAAGACUUCGUAGUAGAGUUGAAGCACCUAGCCCGCAAAUGUAACUUCGGGCCAUUUCUCCUGGACGCGCUACGCGACAGAUUGGUAGCUGGGAUCCGAAGUGAAGAAACGCAGAAGGCGUUGUUCACGGCUGACGCACUCACGUUUGAAAGGGCAUGUAAAAUAGCUCUUGACAGCGAAUUGGCCGCGAAACAAACAGCCGCAAUACAAGCAGGAAGCCGCGCAGAGAGCAUAAACGCAGUGAAAAUGAAGACUAACGAGCAUCAGCGCAGCGACCGUGACCAAGCGAAGGGUAAAAGCUCGGCGCGAGACAAGACCAAGAAACAAAAAUGUUACCACUGUGGCAAGACACACGCGCCAGAACAGUGCUGGUAUAAAAACUACUCGUGCAGACUAUGUUCAAAAGUUGGGCACCUUCAAAACAUGUGUCGAACGAGCAAAAGUGAGCUGAAGGCACAUGCAGUAAUGGAAUCGUCAGACGAAGAAGAGCACACUCUGUACAACUGCACAGUCGACACAUCUGUGAAGAACGGUUAUGUGGUGACUGUAAAUGUGGAGGGCCAGAAAGUGUCAAUGCAGAUGACAACGGGGGCCGCAGUGACAGUUGUACCAGAAACUGAACCAUUGCAGCUACUUCCCGACACAAGGCGCCUGGCUGAGCCGCAACAACCGCCAGAUACCGAUCCCGUCGUCAUCCCUACAAGACUCCCGAUGGCUGCCGCAGAACCCGCGGAAUCUGCAUUACGCGACUCUAUGCAGAGUCCAACUCCUCAGGCUUCAACCGACCCUCCGAUUACGGCAACAACGACUUCACACAAGGACACAUCCCCAGCAGAGCAGAGCACAGAAGUUCCAAGCAAGCCCGAAGUUAUGCCUCGACGAAGCGGCCGUGCGCGACGUCCGCCGGAUAGGUUUAGGCAUGAGGACUUUAGGAAGUGA